AUGUCAUUCUUUAGCCCUUUUGUCGGUACUUCUCGAUCUGGCGAUGCUUGGUUUCUGGCCGGCCAUACAUCUUCCUUCCCGAAUAUUACAGCCUCCGGAGAUACUGUCCUAUCCGAUCGCUUACCAUGCAAAGGUUCUUUCGCACCUGGUUGUAAAGUCUUUCAUGUGCCUGUUACCAACAGUACUCAAGCGGUUGAAGUCGAGCUUGAUGAUGCCGUAGCAGCUGGACUCAAGGAGCAAGUUAUAGUGUUUCAAUACCAAGGCAAGUUUCAUGCCGUUGAUCAUAGCUGUCCACAUUCCUCUUUCCCACUUUCACGAGGCACACCGUUUGAUAUUGAGGAUUUUGGCAUACGAUUGAGUGUAGGAAUACAAUGUCCAAAACACGACUGGUCUUUUGAUUUGAUUCAUGGCAAAGGCGACCGAGGAAGUUAUAAGCUGAAAGUCUGGGAAGUUCAAUUACGGCCAAUUUCUGGAGCGGAGAAUGAAGAGAGGGAGGUUUGGGUUAGAAGGAAGCAAAGGAUAGGAUGA